AUCGUCAAACCAGUGAGAGUGACGUAGGGGUGUGAAGAUGACGUCACAUUCCAUUUUGGUCAUCUUGAUGAUGAUUCCAGUCUCUUUCGCUGACAAUUGUCCAUCAAGUAACCCAAACCUUCAAUCAUGGUCAACUUUGAAUGCAGGGGCAGGUGACAUAGUCAAGAUCGACAAAGGAAUCCUUCUUGAUAAGAAUCUCGGUGGUAUUGAGCUUGGCGGAAUUGUCAUAGAGAAAGAUGGCCUGCUUGUAUUUAGCCCUGAUGUCGAUGAGAGGAUUAUCGUAAAGACGCCCUACAUCCACAUCAAAGAUGGCGGCCGUAUGGAUGUAGGAUCCGAGGACUGUCGAUACAAAGCAAAAUUGACUAUACAGCUACUCGGCGACAGGAACCCGGGGUACACUCUGCCAGACCUAGGGGAUAAGAUCAUAGGUGUCGCAAGUGGAGGUUUGCUUAAUAUAUUUGGAGAGAAGAAGACAUCAUGGUCUACAAUGACGGAAACGCUACCCGAGAUGCCGAAAGAAGGAAAAUCAUUCUCAAGAACGGUAACACAAGAUGAAGCCAUGCAGGGUUUCAUAGUAUACCAGUUUGAUCCUACCAAGAAGGACAAGUUUGACGAAAGCGAUGUCAAGGAAAAAGCGUUCAAUUUUAAGACAAAAUCACAAAAGAAUUUCGAAGCAACUGUCGACGAACUUGAAAAAUACCUUGAAGAGGUUCCUGAUCAGUACGUUGUCGUAGCUGCCAUACGAAAAUCCUUGAUGGCGGAUGGUGAUUUGAAGAAAUUUUAUUCGUUAUUCAAAGUGGUGGAAGAAUUUUUGCAGUUAAAAGAAGGAGAGUCUAAAAUGCAUACUCUGAAGUAUUACGAUGGCUAUGUUAUGUUAAAGCAGAAAGGCAGCAACGUCAAAGGAAUUGAAGAAACAAGCGAGUACAGACUGAACGGACUACACCAGCUCUGCGAACUCACGGCGUUUAUUGGAGAUCUUAAGUUUCAUGCCGUGAGCUAUACGAGAAUUAAAGCCCAUGGACAGUCUUAUAUCGAUGUAGAGGUCACUUUACGGAAAUAUUCGGAACCAAUCCUGAAGGUUAAAACUCACAACUGGAAUAAAGGCGACAGACUAGUGAUUGCACCAACUUCCGGUUUAGAACAACAUGAGUACGCAACCGUCACGGAAGUAAUUGAUUCAACUCAAGUUAAAGUCGACUUAACUGCCAAAUACGACCACUUAUGUACAUCAAAGAACGGCGUUCUCAGGUGUGCCGAAGUGGCUCUUCUUAGUCGGAAUGUCCUCAUUGAGGGUCUUACACUUGGUGCUGAUCUAUACGGAGGAAACAUUAAGUGCUUGAAAGACUUCGCAGGCUGUUUCUUUGCUGAUUUUGAGCUUAAUCUUAUGGGUCAACAGCAACCAAUCGGACGAUAUCCAGUUCAUUUUCACUUGGGUGGGGAUGUGAAGGGUAGGGCUCUUGUUGAUUCCUUGUCCAUACAUAACUCGUACGCCCGAUGUGUCGCCGUUCACCGCACUAACAACUUGAUUAUUAGAAACACGGUCUGUUUCGACUGUCUUGGCCACGCAUUCUUCCUGGAAGAUGGUGAUGAGAUUGGAAAUAUACUUAGAAAUAACUUGGCCAUGCUUCAACGAAAACCAAAGGGCGAUAACCUUCUGAUUCCAUCUGACAAAAAACCGAAUGGCUUCCACAUCACCCAUCCUAAUAAUGAAUUUGAAGGCAAUGUCGCAGUUGCAUCAGAGGGCAACGGAUUCCAUUAUGUGUUUCCAGCACAACCGAUCGGCGACUCUGAUCCCUUGAACAACUUUGUCGAAGGGGAAGCAAGCAGAACCAAUAUCAAAUUAUUCAAAGGGAACACGGCACACAAUAACAAAGAGUUUGGUUUGCGCAUGGAUGAUUACUUGGACAGCCUGGGUAAUGUGAAGAUGAAUAACGGUUUCAAUGCACGCAGCGACCCAAGAGACAGUACAUCUGAACUUGUCCAGACAGAGCUAAGUUGUUUUACUGCGUAUGGUAACGGGGAAGGAAAUGCCCAUAUAAGAGCUGCACAAUUAUUGUUGACGAAUUUUGCGGUUGGACAGAGCAAAACAGGCAUAAGCCUUUUGAGAGGAUUACGAAAUGGAGGAUAUGAACAGAAAGUACAGAAGAGUGUUAUUCUUGGUGAACGUGAAAGCGCUAGUUCAUUUGUGGACAAUACUGACAAAAAUCCAAGAGUGGGAUUAGAAUUUGUCGGACCUGUGACUUUGGAAGACCUGUAUUUUGAUGAUUUCCACCCUACUCCCGUUUACCGCUCUGGAGCAUUGGGUUUUGUAGGAGGGAAUAGCGAGAACAUUAUACAAAACAGAAUAGAAAAUGUCAAUUUCGGUUUCGAUGACUCUGUUGCAGGUAACAGGAUGCUUGAACCAGAUACAGAUAAUGACAAGCAGGGGAAUCUUGUUGAAUCAUUUGUUGGUGACGGAAGUGUUGCUGAUUCAAAUUCAGCAUCCACUAUCCUGAGAGGUGUAGGUUUCCAGACAACAAAAGACUGCUUCAUCAGGACAAACUGGGUCAAAUAUGCCGUCUGUAACGAGAAAUACGCAAUGAUGAGCCUUAAUAAGCCUGCCACCAUACAAAGAGUCGACUAUGAAGGGAAUGUUUUAACACUGGACACCGAGGGCGACAUGUCUCCAAAGAAUACUCCAUUCAACGCCGUUGUCGAUAACUGGCAAUACCAUUAUCUAUUUCGCUUUGAUAAUGAUGACUUUAAAAGCGCAGUCUCUCUAAGGACUUAUGGAAGUAACAAAGGAUCAAAUGCUAUCGUGGGAUGCUGCGUUCCAAAAGGGGCCGAUUUGCGAAUCCAGUAUGACAAGAACAACGUGUUUGGCACAGUUGCUUCUUACGGGGAUUUAACCAAUACAAACUCUGGAAACAAAUAUUACCACGACGUGACUGAAGGGAUUGUCUUUCUGAACGUCGCUGGUCGAGAGGAAAAUGUUGACGAUGAGACAUUUUGCAGAGAUGAGUACAAGAAGAAUGGAAUAUGUCGUAAUAUUAUGAUCAAAGUGAAGAACGGCGUAACAGGCAUUAAUGAUUGUGAUGUCCAGAAAUACACUCCACCAUCGCCACCGACGGCAAAGAGACAACUUGUCAGUGAGACACAAAAGACAUCGAAGAGUAAUGAGAAGAGAUUAUUAUACCUGCUUAAGAAACUUGUUGACCUGGAAUCAAAGAAAUCAGGACAGUCGGCUGAAACACUUAAGAGAAAGCGGAGAAGUACGACAAAUCCGAACAGAGUCUUCCCAGCUUUUAGUGGUAAUGUUCCUGAUGUUUAUGCUGCAUGUUCCAUAUAAACGCUCGACAACCUUCCUGACUGACCAAUCGGCAACCCUACCUAUCGACUCCCCCGACGAUGGCGUUAAAGAUACCGUUGAUCGUAAACAAGAGUAUAUGGAACUGAUGAUAUUAACGUAACCCGUUAAUAUGUGUCACAUUUAGGAUGUUAAGAACUGGAAAUACACGUUAGAUAUGGAUUUUAAACUAUCACAAAUGAAAUUAUGUUCAGUCAACAAUUCUUUUUAAUAUGAUUCAAUAUAAUUUGUCUCAGUAUAGAAACAAGAUACCACAGGUUGGCCCAAUUAUAACAUACUUCAGGAUGACGAACCAUUUUGAUCAUCGGACUUUAACGUACAUUCUAUAAAAACAUGUACUCCCAUUUUUGUUUUGUAUUCUCUUAUACAUGUAUAAUCCUUGUAUAAUAAACUGUUUUUUUCAUUCUUCGCUUAAGAGAUGAAAUAUUG